GCUUUGUACGACCGAGGAGGGCAAUGAUCAUUCGGUGGUCUGCCAGGGUGGCACAUUGUUAAGGAGAGCUCGGUGUUGAUGAAGACGUGAACAUCUUCAUCCCCCAGAGAUUAAGAUUUCGUCGAUCCUCCAAACAGAGAAAUGGCAUCAAAUUUCCUCCGAUACUUCCGAGCAAAGAAACCAACGAACACGAUCGCCGUGCAGACUGAAGAGUCUGAAAGUGACUUUGCACCAUUUCAGGAUGAGUUCAUCCCGGGGUUUGUGUCCAGCCGACAGAACUGGAGUGCAGUCAGGGACCACUUCCAGGGGCUGGUGUUGGAGAGAAAUGAAAAGCACCUGACAUCGAUCCACUGGAGCUGGAGACCCAAGGCCAGGGCAGCCAGGCGGAGGCACAAGCUUCGCCUCGGCAGCGGAGCUCUGCAGCUGGGCAACGCGGAAAAGAGGUGCGAGGAGGUGCACCUGCGGGCCAUGGUGAUCCGGGAGGGCUCCCAGCAGAGGGCUCGGGCGCUCGUCAUCGCCACGCCGGCGCCGGGCACCCGGAGCCGCGAGAGGGGCACGACCUCCGCGUGGCCGCAACCGGAGCAGCCCCCGCGCAAGCCAUCGAUGCAACACAAUUUUUCGAUACAAGCAAAUGACCUGUUCUCAGACAGGUACAAGUCCGUGCAUGGUCCAAGGCAGUGGCACUGGACACCCGCCAGUCCCAACACCCAGGCUUGCUCGUCCACACAGACCGACGAUCUGCCGGCACAGAGAGACGCGAUGAUCAUGACGGAUGGGAGCUUUGAACGUUCGCUGGAAACCUCAAAGGCGCAGUGCACCUUUGGCCUCAAGAAGCAAACGGAGAUGCGUUUGGAUCAAGGGAUUCAGACAUGGUCGCCAACACAAACCCAGGCUUCUGGACAAACCAACAUUCUGCAGGAUGGCCGCAUGUGCCAGGACACCCAGACAGACACAACUUACUCGUCCGACUACGUUCACUCUGAAACGAUGCCUCUGGACGGGGGAAUUUUAAAUGCUUCACAAACACACUUGCCACAGAUCUUUCCCUGGCACUUCGCGACACCUCGGGACAGCCUGCCAGCGCAGGCCACGGAGAAGCCGAAGAAGCUGUCCAUUUUGGCGCGAUUCCUCAAGCUCCUACGCAGGAUCAGGCAGAGGCGCACAGCCAAGCGGCUGCUGCCGCCGGUACGCAGGGUGGCGCCCGCCUGCCAGGCCAUCGACACGGUCGCCGACCCCACCUACUACCAGACGGGCAAUGGACCCCCGCUAUUCUACUGGCCACCUCGCGCGGAGUCCAUGCGGCUGAGGAUGUCGCCGGCUCAGGCCGACACGCCGGCGUGCCACCCAGCAGCCCCCCACCUCCCGACGAUGACGCCGGCUGGGCUGUAUCCAGACCUGCAGCAGACCCGGCACGUGGACGAGCCCAGCAGCAGGACUCCCGGCCGCCCCUACGCCGCAUCCCAACCUCUGCAGCCCGUGCAGCGGGAUACCACAAUGCAGCCUGGAUACCCCAGGAAGCAGUGGGCCAGCGAGGCCACGACCCCGACAUGGGCCCUGUCCGGGUACGGGCGGGUGCCCGUGCUCUACCAAACGCCGCUGCCUCCCUUCAUCGCUCUGAGCCACCAAGCCCGGAGUCACCUCACGCAUGGCUCCCAGGGUCACGACGCCAGGCGCUUCAGCCUCCUGCGCCCGCCCAGCAGCCUGCUGCCACUCAGCACCCUACCUCCGUCCAGCACCCUGCCUCCCAGCACUGGGAGCAGGGCGCGGCAAGAGGUGCGACACGGAACACGGCAAGAUGACCUAUCGUUACAAUCUCCCACGGGACAAGUGGCGUUGCCUGAGAGAACCAUCACCGCGGCCUCCAAAACAUUUUGCGCCAACAUUCACCCUCGCCGUAGUGGCCCGGACUCAGCCACGGGGCCGGGCAAGGCCAACGAGAAGCCUCUGGCAGCAGCCAAAGUCUCGUCAGAAUCUCACCCCAACCGGCCCGACUCGCGCGACCUCACGACCCCCAAACAGAAGAGGAGGCGACGGAAGAGACACAGGACUGCUCCUUCCACGAGAAGGACCAGCUCGAGCGGCGCCCGCGACGCGGUGUUAAUGUUCCACCAGGGCGACGGGCAGAAGCCUCCGGACCCAGGCUCGCCCUUCUCGCUCCCGCCUGGGAGCUUCUCGCGCGCCAGCGAGGCCGGCGACGGCCCGGUCGCCCCCGCCGGGCGCCGUCGCAGCUUCCCGCAAGCCGCCAGCCGCCGGCGCAGUUCCACGUUUCAGUUCCAUCGCGAGCUCACGGAGGUUCCCGAGGCGGACUGCAGGAAGGAGGAUCCGGAGUGGACGUCGCCGAUAAUUCUCAUUCACGGCGGCGGCGGCGGCGGCGGCCGAAGGAGCACGAGCCGCGAGAAGGACUGCCCGGGCGUUUUAAAGAAGGCCAAGAGGCACGUUCACCGGAGGAAGCGUGACAAGAGUAGAGCCAGUGCCGCCGAACGCACGGAGACGGAGACUCACAAUGGCCACCUGCAGCAGCCGGGGAGCUGGAAGGAGCUGCCGUGCCCUGGGGGCCCCGUGGUGAUGAGGUCGCCACGGCACAGCCGCUCCUCCUACUCGGGUCACCUUCACGACGGGGCGCAGACUGAUGGCAGUCUGAGCACACAGUCCGAAUCCAGUGACACGGAGUCAAGCUCUGAAGAAUCGGUGCAGACAGAGUUGACAAAAGAUGGCAGUGAAUCGGCAACAAGCCGCUCUGAAUCAUCAGCAUCAACAUCAUCUACGGACACCGAAGACAGCGAUGAAGAUGAAUUAAAGUCAAAUGAAACCGUUACUUCAUCUGGCAAUGAAUCAUCACAGCCUGAGCCAUUGAAAGUGGAGCCACCCCAGAUUUCUUUGGACAUCUCCGUGGAAAAUGAGCCAAACGAAACGGCAGCAAAAGAGCCAACCAAGAAGGAGAAGCCUGCGGCUAAACUACCGCUCGCUGUCUCCCGAUCGGCAAGCCAGCGCAGCGUGUGCUACGGACUGGGCAGCUCAUACUGCGUGUGCGAGGGCUGCUUCCCCGAGUGCCGGGCGUACAUCGGCCACGCGGGCGACAGCGAGCCGACGCGCAGACGCAAGUGCCAGUCGCUGCUCAUGGGCCUACUGAUGGGCACGCUCGUGUUCGCGGCGCUGCUCGGCCUCAUGGCAGCCCUCGGAAAGGAUCAUCCGCCACUGAGGUUUCUCAUCGUGAACACGACCAACAGCACGGAGGAAGACAGGACGUGAGGACUGCUGUUCGCCAUUUUACAGUUUAGCCAUGAUAAACACUUUCAUGUUUAAAAAAAUCAAUGUAUAACAUUUUUACGUCUAAAAUUCUUGCAUCGCAAGGCAUAUUGUAUUACACUACUGUAUGUAAAAAAAAAACAUAUACCAACCGUGCAUUUGCUUUUUACU